CGACAGUCCUCCGCCAUUUCCGGUACAAACACAUGCACGCCUGAGUGAGGAAAACAUGAGAGGUCAAAAGUUAUGAUCCUAAUCUUUCAUAGAAACGGAACGUAACACACAGACAUGGCCAGUUCCAUGGUGGCAGUGGGGCUGGCUUUGGCAGCAGCUGGAUUUGCAGGUCGCUAUGCCAUGCAGGCCAUGAGGCAUAUGGAGCCUCAGGUGAAACAGGCCCUUCAGAGUUUCCCCAAGACGGCUUUUGGAGGAGGGUACUAUCGUGGUGGAUUUGACCCAAAGAUGUCCAAGAGAGAAGCUUCCCUGGUUUUAGGUGUCAGUCCCACAGCCAACAAGAUUAAGAUCAGAGAGGCACAUAGAAAACUGAUGACCCUGAAUCACCCAGAUAGAGGUGGAUCUCCCUACAUAGCAGCAAAGAUUAAUGAAGCAAAGGAUUUCUUGGAUGCCCAGACAAAGAAGUGAAGAGGCCGGCAAAGACAAAAGCGUAAUUCCAUGCUGUUUGCACUGACUGACUUGAGCGAUUACCAGAGUUUCCAAACCGAUUGCUCUCAAAUAAAAACACGCCAUACAAAUUGUGA